AUGCCCUGGCACCUCACAACACUUUUCCGCGUCCCUCUGUCCGACCAAUCGGACUACGCCGAGUUCCUCGCUUCGUGGAAAACGGGCGCAGGGGAUGUAGGGCAGAAACUCAGAAGCUCCCUCGCGCUCAAGGCGUUUGAGCACACCGCCGCGUACGACGAGGCGAUCAGCAGCUACUUCCGGGAGCAGUACGCUUCUGCCGACCUGCCGGCUGAGAAGCUCGCCGGAGGUCCAGAGGAUCCCCCUCCGAAGCCAGCACAGGCGUUCGUCAAGUCCGGUGAACUCCCUUUUGCUGUCCUGGCCGGUGCACCGGGGUAUAUCAACCUCCUCGACCCGCUGAACAGCUGGGCGCUGGUCAAAGAACUACAGGAGGCGCUCGAUCACCCAGUAGCUGCUAGCUUCAAGCACGUCUCUCCUGCUGGUGCGGCUGUAGGCCUAGAAUUGGACGAGACGGAAAAGCAGGUGUAUGGGGUUGACGACCUCAAGGAGCCUCUGACCCCACUUGCGUGCGCCUACGCCCGUGCCAGGGGAGCAGACCGCAUGUCCUCCUUCGGGGACUUUAUCGCCCUCUCCGCUCCAUGCGACCUGGCAACGGCGAAGAUCAUCUCCCGGGAAGUGUCGGACGGGGUCGUCGCUCCCGGGUAUACGCCAGAGGCGCUCGAAGUACUAAAGAAGAAGAAGGCGGGGAAAUACUGCAGAGGGCGCAAUACGGCCAAGAUCACCCCAGAGCUGUUUGGGAACAUCGUCACGAAGAAUAAGGAGCUCCCCAAAGCAGCAGUGAUCGACCUGAUCGUCGCUACCCUCGCGCUCAAGUACACCCAAUCCAACAGCGUCGCCUACGCCCUGCACGGCGCAAUCAUCGGGCUCGGCGCAGGCCAGCAAUCGCGUAUCCACUGCACACGUCUCGCCGGUGCGAAAGCGGACAACUGGUGGCUCCGGCACCACCCUCGUGUCCUCGCUUUACCCUUCAAGAAGGGGACGAAGCGUGCGGAUAAGGCGAACGCUAUCGACCUCUUCGUCACUGGGGAGAAGCUCGAGGGCGCGGAGAAGGCCCAGUGGGAGGGGCUGUUCGACAGCGUCCCCGGCCCAUUAAGCGAGCAAGAAAAAGAACGGUGGAGCACCAAGUUGUCCGGCGUUGCAUGCUCCAGCGACGCCUUCUUCCCUUUCCCGGACAACGUCCACCGGGCGAGGAAAAGCGGGGUCAGCUACCUUGCUGCUCCCGGUGGGAGUGUGAUGGAUGCCGAGUGUGUGAAGGCUGCGGACGGGUAUGGGAUCUUCUUUGCGCAUACUAGUCUGCGCUUGUUCCAUCAUUAGAUUAGGCUGUACCAGAAUACAGGAAUGCAGAAAUCAAAUUCGGCCGAGAGGGCCUGUUAU